AGAGAGUAUAAAUGAGGAUGAGGAUGAAGAUCGCAUCAGCAUCAUCAUCACAACGCAGCUGACGAGAGGAGCGACACCACCGAAGAAAAACUUCUUCUUCUGUCUUCAUAUCUUCAUCUUCUAACAAGGGACACAAAUUCAAACAAGCAAGAUGUCUCCGGCUAAAGGCGUCGCAAUCGGCAUCGACCUGGGCACCACCUACUCCUGUGUGGGGGUGUUCCAGCACGGAAAAGUAGAAAUCAUCGCCAAUGACCAGGGCAACAGGACCACCCCCAGCUAUGUGGCGUUCACUGACACCGAGAGGCUCAUCGGGGAUGCAGCCAAGAACCAGGUGGCUCUGAACCCCAGCAACACUGUGUUUGAUGCCAAGAGGCUGAUUGGAAGAAAGAUGGAUGACCAGGUGGUUCAGGCUGACAUGAAGCACUGGCCCUUCAAGGUGGUCGGAGACGGAGGAAAGCCCAAAAUUCAGGUGGAGUACAAAGGGGAGGACAAAACCUUCUACCCUGAGGAGAUCUCCUCCAUGGUCCUGGUGAAGAUGAAGGAGAUUGCUGAGGCCUACCUGGGCCAGCAGGUGUCCAACGCAGUCAUCACAGUCCCAGCGUACUUCAACGACUCCCAGCGACAGGCGACUAAAGACGCAGGCGUCAUCGCGGGACUGAACGUCCUGAGGAUCAUCAACGAGCCGACUGCAGCCGCCAUCGCAUACGGUCUGGACAAAGGCAAGACAGGAGAGCGUAACGUCCUGAUCUUUGACCUGGGCGGAGGCACCUUCGACGUGUCCAUCCUGACCAUCGAGGACGGCAUCUUUGAGGUGAAGGCCACAGCUGGAGACACUCACCUGGGCGGAGAAGACUUUGACAACCGCAUGGUGAACCACUUUGUGGAGGAAUUCAAGAGGAAACACAAGAAGGACAUCAGCCACAACAAGAGAGCCUUGAGGAGGCUGCGCACAGCUUGUGAGAGGGCCAAGAGAACCCUGUCCUCCAGCUCCCAGGCCAGCAUCGAGAUCGACUCGCUGUUUGAGGGCGUCGACUUCUACACCUCCAUCACCAGGGCUCGCUUUGAGGAGCUGUGCUCCGACCUGUUCAGGGGAACACUGGAGCCGGUGGAGAAAGCCCUGAGGGACGCCAAAAUGGACAAAGCGCAGAUCCACGACAUCGUCCUGGUCGGAGGCUCAACCCGAAUCCCCAAAAUCCAGAAACUCCUGCAGGAUUUCUUCAACGGCAGGGAGCUGAACAAGAGCAUCAACCCAGACGAGGCGGUGGCGUACGGUGCCGCCGUCCAGGCCGCCAUCCUCUCAGGCGAUACCUCGGGCAACGUUCAGGACCUGCUGCUGCUGGACGUGGCGCCUCUGUCCCUGGGUAUCGAGACAGCUGGAGGAGUCAUGACAUCCCUGAUUAAACGCAACACCACCAUCCCCACUAAACAAACCCAGGUGUUCACCACCUACUCUGACAACCAGCCCGGGGUCCUCAUCCAGGUCUACGAAGGGGAGAGAGCCAUGACCAAGGACAACAACCUGCUGGGCAAGUUCGAGCUGACGGGAAUCCCACCUGCUCCACGAGGGGUCCCACAGAUCGAAGUCACCUUCGACGUGGACGCCAACGGCAUCCUGAACGUGUCUGCGGUGGACAAAAGCACCGGCAAAGAGAACAAGAUCACCAUCACCAACGAUAAGGGCCGUCUGAGCAAAGAGGAGAUCGAGAGGAUGGUGCAGGACGCUGACAGAUACAAAGCUGAGGACGACCUCCAGAGGGAAAAAAUUGCUGCCAAGAACUCCCUGGAGUCGUACGCCUUCAACAUGAAGAGCACCGCGCAGGACGACAACUUGAAGGGCAAACUGAGCGAGGAGGAGCAAAAGAAGCUGAUUGAGAAGUGUGACGAGACCAUCAGCUGGCUGGAGAACAACCAGCUGGCUGAUAAAGAAGAGUACCAACACCGGCAGAAAGAGCUGGAGAAAGUGUGUCAGCCCAUCAUCAGCAGGUUGUAUCAGGGAGGAACGACUGCAGGCAGCUGUGGAGCGCAGGCAGGAGCCGGCUCCCAGGGGCCCACCAUCGAGGAGGUGGACUAAAGUGGCCCCUCAUAUGGACUCUGAUCAUUGGGACUGUUUGUCUUGAAUAAAUUAUAAAGAUGCAAAUGUUUAAAGAUGUUCCAUGUAAAUAUUUUUCCACCUGGAUCAACACUGCGGUUUAAAAUAAAUCUGUCACUUCAUGUCACAUGUUGUCACUGUCAUUGUAUUUGAGCUAAACGUAUAUGAAAUACUGAACUUUUAUAUCAUAACUUGCCACAUUCAUGUGUUUUUUCAUCUCUGCCUUGCUGGACUUUGCAAUAAAGAUGAGAAAUAUUUUA